CACUCUUUUUGUUGGUGACGAUCGAGAGUAAGAAGCAGCACAUCUCUGCUUCUCCGUGGCUUUGCAUCACUGUUACCAGUCCGUUCUAGGGUGCUGACCGAGGGGCCACCACGUGAAUUCCUUCUUGCCUCUUGGUUUUACCCUCCCCCCUCUCCACUUUUCUCACUCUUCUGUUGUCUUUCGUAUUCUUCCCCAUCCCAUACAUCCAUAUCUCCCUUUCCUCUUCCGACGUCGGUGCAUGGAUUCGACUGCACCGGAGGGCGAUCCCGUCUCGCCGGAAGGCGAUGCCCCAUCCCCUUCUUCCGGCGCCGCAGCCGCAGCAGCGGUCCCAGGCGGAACGGCGGACGCGAGGGCCCAGGCGUCGCCAGCGCCGCUUAGCCGGUAUGAGGCGCAGAAGCGCCGGGACUGGAACACGUUCCUGCAGUACCUCCGGAACCAAAGGCCGCCGCUGGCGCUGGCUGGGUGCGGCGGCGCCCAGGUGAUCGAGUUCCUGCGGUACCUCGACCAGUUCGGGAAGACGAAGGUGCACGCUCCCGGGUGCGCUUUCUUCGGGCGGCCGACCCCGCCGGCGCCAUGCCCGUGCCCACUGAGGCAGGCCUGGGGCUCCCUGGACGCCCUCAUCGGGCGCCUCCGAGCGGCCUACGAGGAGAGCGGGGGAAAGCCUGAGGCCAAUCCCUUCGCGGCUCGCGCCGUCCGCUUCUAUCUCCGCGAGAUCCGGGAGAGCCAAGCCAAGGCCCGCGGCGUCCGGUACGAGAAGAAGAAGCGAAAGCGAGCGCCAACUUCAGCCGUCCGGGACGCAGGCGACGCUUCUUCGUCUGCUGCCACUGCCGCCGGCGCCACGAGUGGUGGCUCAGGGUCGGACGCCGGGGAGGGAUCCUUUACUGCUCAGCCGGGUGGGUCAUCUAUCUCUUGAUCGAGUUGUUGUCCUCUUUCUUUGCCGUUUUUGAAUGCAGAUGUUGAUGAUGAUCAUGGUGAGUAAGUUAGGAAGAACCACAAGAGUUAAGUUGCGGUUGAAUUCGGGCGAUCUUCUUUCAUACAACUUUGUUUUGACUCUGAGCUCAGCAAUCAAUCAAAGAUUUCAUGAAAGAAAAACAGAUAUUGCGGUGUCCUCUCUCUUCUACCUUUUUAUUUUUGUGUUGACGGAGUGCUUCUUUGAAUUAUUAUUAUUAUUACUAUUUUUAAUUUUUUUUGUUUUGCUUUUUUAAUUAAUUGUGCAACGCUUAGAUGUUUGCUUUAGAGUUUAAUUCGUUUGCAUAUACAUUUUAGUAGUGGCGUGAUUGAUACUCUUUCAGCACAGGCCCUCCAACUGCUUCCAUCUUUUUGAUGGCUAUGCGCUGUCUUGAAAUCCGAAUGCUUCAUCUGUUGCAUAUAUAAACUCCGAUCACUUCAAUCCUUGUUAUAUGUAUGCUCCCUCCGGCAAACUUCCAUCUCUUCUAUGCUACCCUAAGGGUGCUUCAAAAACCUGAUGAUGAUGAUGUCGUUAGAUCUGUCGCCUCAUUCAGAACUUUCUUGUGAUCCGGUGAUCAGUUUGCUUGGCUCCUUUGUGGAUGAUUUGGCUGCAACUCCAUCUGGUUUUUUCUUCUUGCUCGUCGUUGUACGAUUUAGUAAUUUUCAUGGAAUACUUGUUUCAUUUAUUAUGCCUUUCUAUUGAUGAGUUUGCUUCCUGCGUUAUGGAGCAGACAACUCCACUGUAGGUUUGAUCUCA